AUGCAACAACCAACUGUACUACCCUCGACGACGCUUGCUUUUCCACCCUAUCCUUCCUCGUACAUGACGAGUUCGUCUCAAAUCACGAUAAGCCCUUCGGCAUCUUCCUUUUCCUCACAACCAUCACAGCAGCAUUCAAACGUACUAGCACCUGGCAGCAUGCCCAAUUUUGAGGCAAACCCACAAAUCAACAAUACCGUUCAGCAUCCACAACAACAUGCCAUUUCUUCUCAUAGUGAAAGCUCACCUUCCACAUCUUCAGGCUCUACCCAAUUUUCACCCACAACCAAAAAGAAACAGAAAAGAAUUACAGAAAAAUCAGAACACCCGGAGGAAGCUUUCCAAAGCGUGUUUCAGGCAAAUCCCGAAGCUUCCUCGUUGGAAACUGGUCAUCCUAUUGCAUGUGUACAAUGUCGUUCAAGACACAAGAGAUGCGAUCGAACCUUACCUGCAUGCUUAAACUGUGUUAAACGAGGUGUAGAAUGUACCUACAGAUCUCCCAAAAUGAAAGGAAGAAAGGAUCAAAAGUUCCAGCCGUAUUCGAGUCUGAUGUAUAUCCCACCAGCAAACAAUAAUGGACGAACCAAAACCUCUUCGAUCAACAAUUCAGCCAGUGAAAACACAGCAACAGUGGAUCAAACGUACGAACAAAUGUUGUUGACGUUUCCGCAGGAUUCUUCUUUCAACAACACUCAAUCUAAUUUAUUUAUCCAAAACAGUUUCUCCGCAGCCCCACACAAUCAACAAGUGUCAAACAUUCAACAGGUCAAUAACCAACGAUCACAAAGUUUUUCAUCAUUGUUAACAGAUAAUCCACUUUCGACUCAGUUUACAUCACAACACAAUAGUAAUUUAUUAAGUACCCAAGACCCAAUUUUCAGAACUAACAGUAAAUCACAAACGGAAGAUAAUGACGAAAAUAAGAAACAAAACAAAUUGGUAGAGGCCAACGUUGUAAAUAGUAACCAAUCCAAUCCAUUUUUACAACUAUCUAGGGAAUCUAUUGAAGAAAUACUGAACUGUCUAGGAAUCAAGGAUAAUCAAAAUGGACCUCUUUUCACCAUGACUCAACAACAACAAGAGUUGAUAGCUCAACACAUUGCAUCCGCACUAUUGCAAGACUCAUCUUUAGCACAUCGGUUAAAUAUGAAUGCCUACAAAAAACGGACAGUUCAGCUCUAUGAAGAGGUUAUAUCUAUGGGCUAUCCAAUAUUGUCUACUUCUACAUUGGAAAUGGCUUUUUUCAAUGAGGAAUCCAUGCGAGGUAUUUAUACCAAUGACGUGUUAUCACUACUCUACUCCAUACACUCCGUUACAUGUCAAGCUCUUGGUGUGCAUGAUGAGGCUGAUUUUGCUUAUUUAAAAGCAAGAAAGUUGUUAUCUGACUGUUUCGACAAUGCAGACAAUCUUUUUAUUGCUGGCACAUAUUGCUUUUUUGCUCGGUAUUGCAGUGGAAUUGGUGACAAAGGAAAGGCAAAGUUUUAUUUACAGUAUGUGGAUUUAUUCUUCAAGAAAAAGAGCGUCAAUUAUAGAACUCGAAGGCAUUUAAACUAUUCUAUUGAAGAAGAGGCGAAGAGUGGAGAAAAUUAUUCUAUAUUUGCAGGUCUGUCUUUAGAUGAAAUGUUUUUACUCAAAUAUCGAGUACUCGCUUCUAUUAGUGUUGAUAAGUCAGGUGAAUUUUUCUUAAACGAUUGUUCCAACUUCCCAGGAUUUACCUUUGGAACAUAUGUUGCCAAACUCGUUAGUGAUGGUUGUCUAUACGCGAUUGGAAAAAUUCCAAACACCAUUAUGAGUAUUAUGGCUCAAAAGAUCACUGAGGAAAACCUUAAUUUAUUUUUAAUGAUGCUCGAAUUUUCUGCCAAUUUCCUCCGUAUCCAUGAAACUGAAAGACAAAUUUCUGACACCACACGGAGCAUCAUGAACUGUCUCCACAACUUGUAUUAUCAUGGAUGUAAAUUGCAAAUGAUGAAAGAAGCAAAUAUUACAGAUGAACGCUUGGAGAAUGAAGCCAAAUUAUUUUCCUUGUCAACACUUGUUGGACCUUUCCAUUUGGUUCAACCGCUAACAUUGGGAGCCAUGUUUGAAGCUGCUUCACUUCACUUGAAAAUUCUGGCAGAAAUUGAGCAAGGAAAACGGCUGAUUACAAGUACAGAAGAACUUUGUAUAUGCUACCAGUUAAUUGAAGUUGAUUUGAGAGCAUUAGAAAUUGUAAGAACCAAGAAUAAGGAGCUAAUUGACCGUAUGUGCAAACCUCUGAUGGAUUUGCUCUCAAUGAGAGUCAAACAAUUUUCUUCCUCACCCAUUUAUGCUUCCAGCUCUUUGAACUCAUUACUGUCGAAAUUUGAAAGUCAAAUUCCACCUUCGCAUCAAUCUAAUUUAGUGAAACAACCACCCUCAGAGGCAGAUCAAAAAUUUGGGGAUUCCAUCGACCUGCUGAUACAUGAAUUGAAUAGAUAA